GUUACCGAUUCGAGCAGCACAUUUCAAAACACGGAAGCCGAAAUGUAUUUAUUUUCCAUUUUUUUGUGAGACUAUAGUGACAGUAUUACGUGUAAUGUGAGUUAUGAGGUUUUAGACACAAAAAUAAUAUCCAAGAACAAAGUAUGAAGCUUUGAAGAUACUUAAUUAUACACUUUAAACUUUGACUAUUAUCAUGGCAGAAUUAAAAGCGUGUAAAGUGUGUAACAUUAGCCGAGAGAAGCAUUAUGGACUGGCGGUAACCUCUCUGGAUCAGCUCAAAAUAAAAGGUGGUGAGGCUCUAGGGUUCAGACCCAGUGCAUCAGUCUCAGUGGUGCUAGAAGUUGAUGGGACUAUUGUGGAAGAUGAGGCUUACUUCAUGUGUCUGCCAGCAAAUACAAAAUUCAUGCUGUUACAUGCCGACGAAAUAUGGAUGCAUUCUCAUCAAGUUGCUGGAGGGACAGCACAGCCUUGCAGAAAGUCCACUGAUCUGGAGGUAGAUGGAAAAGACACUGUUGAUGGGUUUGAAUCUUGGCGCAGUUUGGCAGGACAGCUCAGACAGGACCUGGCCAGUAUUAUCCUCAUGUCCGAGGCAGAUCUACAGAGUUUGAUUGAUGUGCCAUGCUCAGAUCUGGCUGCAGUGUUGGACUUCUCACAGCAGAAAACCCAGGUCCUACAGGACACGCUGCAGAGAAUGCUGGACCGCAGGGAAGAAGAGAGACAGUCCAAAGAGUUACUGAGGCUCUAUUUGAAAGCCAUGGAGCGAGAAAGCACCUGGGACCCACAAGAAGAUAGUAGGGACAUAUUUUAGAUACCAGCAAUA